CCCCAACCACCCGAGCCUCAGCUUCGGAAGUUCGGCGCCCAGCCUCGGACCCGAGCCUCCGGAAAGAGUCCUCGAAAACCCAACCAAAGAGAGCGAAACAAAGGCGUGAGAGAGAGAAAAACAGAGCGCACUUCUAGAGAGAGAAACACCAGGCCCAAAUAACAAGUAAAAAAUAAAAAAUAACAGAACCGAUUCUAGAGAGAGAAACCGAGGUGGAUUUCUAGAGAGAGAAAGCGAGGUCGCGCGAUGGUUCAGAUCGCCAGGAGGAAGAAGGGGCGGCCGUCGAAGGCCGAUCUGGCGCGCCGCUCCGGCGAGGCUCCGGCAGACGCCUCCGCCGCCGCCUCAUCGACGCCCGAUCUCCGGCGAAGCAUCCGGCGCCGGAACGUGAGGUACAACAUAAUCGAUUACGACGACGAUUACAUCGACGACGAGGAGGACGAGAGGAGGCGCGAGAAGAAGAAGCUCAAGCUCAUGGCGAAGCUGAACCAGGGCGAAGAAGAAGAAGAGGAAGAGCGAGAAGAAGAUAACGAGGCGGCGCGGAACCGCACUCGCGCCGAGUCGCGUGAGAAGCACGCACCGCAGGAAGAAGACGACGACGAAAACGAACAAGAGGAAGAGAACGAAGACGCCGAAGAAGUGCACGGAGAAGACGAAGAGGACGUGGCAAAGGGCAGAAAAGUGGAAUCGAAAGGGCUCCACUCUGUUUCUGUUUCAGGAACUCCGGUGAUUCUUCAAUCUGGGAUUCCGUUGCCUGAUAAGAGGACUCUGGAAUUGAUACUGGACAAGCUUCAGAAGAAGGACACUUAUGGUGUGUUUGCAGAGCCUGUUGAUCCUGAAGAGCUUCCUGAUUAUCACGAUGUUAUCGAUCAUCCCAUGGACUUUUCCACCGUGAGGAAGAAGUUGGCAAAUGGAUCUUAUACUACCUUAGAACAAUUUGAGAGUGAUGUAUUUUUGAUUUGUUCAAAUGCAAUGCAAUACAAUGCACCAGAGACAAUAUACCACAAACAGGCACGAUCAAUACAAGAACUUGGAAGGAAGAAGUUUGAGAAGUUAAGGCUUGGCUUUGAACGCUCUCAGAUGGAGCUGAAAUCAGAACCGAAAGCAGGAUCUAGUUACUUGGUUAAGAAGCAACCAAAGAAGCCACUGGCACGUGCCUCACAGGAGCCUGUUGGCUCUGAUUUCUCCUCAGGGGCAACUCUUGCUACUGUUGCAGACUUACAGCCAACUUCCUAUCCAAUGCAAGUUGGUAGAUGUGAGAGGCCUGGCAAUAUUGGAGGUAUUUUGGAGGCAAAUGCUUUCUGGAUUGAUGCAAAUCAAGAGAAAUCUGAAGAUGUUUUGUCAGGGAAAGGUCUUGUCUCUAAGUGGGGAAGGAAGUCCUUUGGGCUUGAUGAAAGUCGUCGAGCAUCUUAUAAUAUAUCCAAUCAACCAUUUGCUAGAUCAGAUUCAAUAUUUAUGACCUUUGAUAGUGAAAUGAAGCAGCUGGUUGCUGUUGGAAUCCAUGCAGAAUAUUCCUAUGCUAGGAGUUUGGCUCGUUUUAGUGCUUCUCUAGGACCUAUUGCUUGGAAAAUUGCUUCCCACAGGAUUCAGCAGGCACUGCCAGCUGGCUGUAAAUUUGGUCGUGGUUGGGUUGGAGAGUAUGAACCGCUCCCAACCCCAAUAUUAAUGGUUAAUGAUCGGGUCCAAAAAGAAACUAGUUUGGUUAUGAAGUUGCAAUCCACUACUGAAUUACCAAAGGGUGACAAAAAUUGUAAGAAUGUGGAACCCAGCAUUGAACAUCCUGUUAACAGACAGGUGCUUGAGGUAACACAUCCUUCGGUGCCUGAUUCCCAAGGAAAACCCUUCUUUGGUUCUGCUGGAGUAAGGCUCAGUGAACCGGUCAACAUCCUAAAUCAGGAGCAGAACGUCCAAUCCAGGAAAUUGGGCAAGUCUGAGAAUAAGGGUUUGAAACAAGUGGAGUUGAAUUCUUUACCCUCCAGUAAUCAGAAUAACAAUGGUCUGGUUGCGAAGUUUACAAGUAAUGCUCCUGUAGCAGAAUCUAAGCUCAGAGACGUGAUGCCAAGGAGCAUGAAUGCUUUCAAGCAGCCAGAUGCUAAUGGAGUUGUUAGUGGAGAGUUUCCUAAUAAUGGAAAAGUCACGAAUGCAAGUUUGAAGAGACAGGUGACUGGUCCAUCACCUGAAAGUACAUCAAACCAAUCAAACAGAGCAGCACCUGUUGUUGUCCAUGGGCAGGAGCAGAGUCUUAGUGACCCAGUUCAGUUGAUGAGAAUGUUUGCUGAAAGGGCUCAAAAGCAACAAACUUCUUCCAAUCAUUCCCUUGUUGAUACUCCGCCAGUGACACUAUCAGGUCCAUCUGGACAGAAAGAUGACUCGGGCAAUGCUGCAGCUGCAGCUGCCCGUGCAUGGAUGUCUGUUGGGGCAGGAGGGUUUAAACAAGGACCUGACAAUUCUAGUUCUCCCCAAAAUCAGAUAUCUGUAGAUUCUUUAUAUAACUCAACAAGAGAGUUCCAUCAACAUAUUUCAAGAAUUCGGGGAGAGUUUCCCUCGGGUGGAAUGCCUUUGCAACCAUUUCAAGCACUUGCUUCUCAACCUAUUCACACAGGCGCUGUUUCAGAGUUUUCCAACCGGCCUAUGGUGUUCCCUCAAUUCACAUCUUCUGACCAGUCUAGAUUUCAAAUGCAGUCCCCAUGGCGAGGUUUUAGUCCUCGUAGCCAGUCAAGGCAGAAACAGGAAACCCUUCCACCUGACUUGAAUAUUGGUUUUCAAUCUCCAGGGUCACCUGCAAAACAAUCUUCUGGUGUCCUUGUUGACUCACAGCAACCAGACCUAGCUUUGCAACUAUGAUGAGGUAUUGUUGUCUUUGAUGGAUGUUUCCACAUGAAUUGGACUGGUCAUGGAAUGUGCAGUUCCUGUUGUUGGAUGUUGAAUUUUGAUCCUUGAAGGCUUGCAUAAUAAAUGUGAAAAUGCUAAAUAUUGGAAUUUAGCACAAGGUAGUCCCGAGUCAAAAUGAGUUUGAUAGUGCAGGAGAAUUUGGUGGAUUAAACAGAAAUAACGUGACGACUUACCAUCAUUUCCUGAUGAGGAUUACUGAAUCCAUGGACCAUGUCUCUAUUAACUUAGGGUUGAAGCUGUAGAAAAAGUCUGCAUGUUGAUUGAUUUUAUCGGUAGCAGGCAAAAUAUUUUGCUGAUGCCUUGUAUGUAUAUUGUUUACAAAUUGAUUAAAUGUGGUUGGCUAGAUAUUUCGGUCCUUUGAUGACUACUUAUGUAUCGAAUUGGUGGUAGGGUAUUACUUCUUAAUUAUGCAAUUAUUUUGUACAUGAGAUUUACGUGUUACUAAUGGAAAACCAUUGCUUGCUUCUUUUUCUUAAA